AUGGCGUCAGACGGGAUGAUUUUAACAAACCACGACCACCAAAUCCGGGUCGGAGUCUUGACAGCUGAAGAGAAUGAGCGAGACGAGAGAAAGGAGUGCUUCCAGUUCAUCCUGCCGGCGCUGCCCCACGCCAUCGACCUGCUGCGGGACGCGGUGGUGAAGGUGAAGGAGGCGGCCGACGAGCUGGAGGACCUGCCGUCGCCGCCGCCCCCACUCUCGCCCCCGCCGCCGGCCGCCAACGGCUCGCCGCGCCGACAGACGGAGGACAAGGGGGUGCAGUGCGAGGAGGAGGACGAGGAGAAGAAGGACAGCGGCGUGGCGUCCACGGAAGACAGCUCGUCCUCGCACAUCACCGCCGCCUCAAUCGCCGCAAAGGUGAGGGGGGCCGGGAUCCCAGACUCCAUCAUCUCGCGGGGUGUCCAGGUGUUGCCCCGGGACACGGCCUCCCUCAGCACCACGCCCUCGGAAUCCCCCCGCGCCCAGGCUACCUCCCGCCUCUCCACGGCCUCCUGUCCCACCCCCAAAGCGCGGCUCCCCUCCUGUUCAUCCACCUUAAGCAUUGCGGAGGCCUCACGGAGAGAGUUCAGGGCUCACCUGGAUGAGGUCAUCACACUCAAGUCAAGGUACUCUACCUUGGACCAGCUCCAGUGUAGGUUGGAGGGGCUUAAAGAUGAUCGCAGGAGGACCUUCAACUCUCGAGUGCAGUCACGAUGCAGCAGCAAAGAAAAUAUCCUAAGAUCAAGUCACAGUGCGGUGGACAUCACAAAGGUGGCCCGGAGGCAUCGCAUGUCCCCCUUCCCCCUCACCUCCAUGGACAAGGCCUUCAUCACUGUGCUGGAGAUGACCGCCAUCCUAGGCAACGAGAUCAUCAACUACAGAGACGGGAUGGGUCGGGUCCUGGCUCAGGACGUUUAUGCCAAAGACAACCUUCCACCGUUCCCUGCCUCCGUCAAGGACGGCUAUGCUGUGAGAGCGGCCGAUGGGCCAGGUGACCGCUUCAUCAUCGGAGAGUCCCAAGCUGGAGAACAGCCCACCCACACAGUGAUGCCGGGCCAGGUGAUGAGGGUGACGACGGGGGCCCCUAUCCCGUGCGGGGCCGACGCUGUGGUCCAGGUGGAGGACACUGAGCUGCUCCGCGAGUCUGAGGACGGUACAGAGGAGCUGGAGGUUCGUAUCUUGGUUCAGGCCCGUCCAGGCCAGGACAUCCGGCCAAUCGGCCAUGACAUUAAGCGCGGGGAGUGCGUGCUGGGUAAGGGCACCCACAUGGGGCCGUCUGAAAUCGGCCUCCUUGCCACGGUUGGCGUCACCGAAGUGGAGGUGCAGAAGUUCCCCGUGGUGGCCGUCAUGUCGACAGGCAACGAGCUGCUGAACCCAGAGGACGACCUCCACCCAGGGAAGAUCCGAGACAGCAACCGCUCCACGCUGCUGGCCACCAUCCAGGAACACGGCUACCCCACCAUCAACCUGGGCAUCGUGGGAGACAAGCACCACAGCCCCGAUGACCUCCUCAACGCUCUGAAUGAGGGAAUCAGCCGUGCUGACGUCAUUAUCACCUCAGGCGGAGUGUCCAUGGGAGAGAAGGUACCCUACCCCUGUGACUACCUGAAACAGGUGCUGGAUAUUGACCUCCAUGCUCAGAUCCACUUUGGCCGCGUCUUUAUGAAACCAGGUCUCCCAACAACAUUUGCCACUAUGGAGAUGGACGGUGCUCGCAAACUUAUCUUUGCCCUCCCAGGUAGUAAUCCCGUGUCUGCUGUUGUUACCUGCAACCUCUUUGUCAUUCCUGCUCUGAGGAAGAUGCAGGGGAUAUUAGACCCAAGGCCGACCAUCAUCAAAGCCAGGUUGUCCUGUGAUGUGAAGUUGGACCCUCGCCCUGAAUACCACCGCUGCAUCCUGACCUGGCAUCACCAGGAGCCUCUACCGUGGGCUCAGAGCACAGGGAACCAGGUGAGCAGCCGGCUGAUGAGCAUGCGCAGCGCCAACGGUCUCCUGAUGCUACCUCCCAAAACGGAGCAAUACGUGGAGCUGCACAAGGGCGAAGUGGUGGACGUCAUGGUGAUCGGGCGGCUAUGAUGUCACCGCAGGGGGACCGAGAGAGCUUUCACAUGAUAUGAAGGGGUCAGAACGGGUGGUUCACGGUGCAUGUCCACAUAUCAUUGACUAUUCUGUAAUAUGCAACGGCACAGCUAGUUUUUAUUGAUUUGGAUAACGUUGAGGUAUAGUCAACAUCUUGAUCACAAAAACCUAGAUACAUAUGAAAAAGAAUAAUUAAUUUAAAGGAAAAAAAAAGAUUAUAAUAUUUCAAACAAAGGAAGUAUAACUUUUAAUGAAAAAAAAUCUAAUUAUAAAAAGAGAUUUAUUCUGUAAUAUAUUAUUAUGAUUAUUCUUCUUAUUAUUAUCAUUAUUCUUAUUAUCAUUAUUAUAUUAAGGCGACUUUGUUCCUUUCAUUGCAAUUGCUUUGUGUGUUCAACGCUAGACCUUAUCUAUAGCAGUAGCAUUUUAAUAGACAGCUGUAGGUGCCUGCCAGGACAAAAAAAGAUAAAACUAUUAUUUUCUCAUCUUUAGUGGAUUAAAAAAAAAUCUGUUUUUUGACAAUGAAGAAAAACUUUGCGGAGGAUUUCCCACGGUG